AUGGACAUGACCGAUUUGCACCCUCCUGAUGACUACAGCCACAGAUUCUUCAUCUGGCAUGAGUGGAUACAGGCUAAUGGUCCUCUGACGGCGGAAAACGUCUUCGAUUACUUCGCGACGUCCAUGUUCUAUGACAAGCAGAGCAACAAUCAAGUGCUCCGCAUGCAAACGAUGCAUACCGGCCAGCCUCUGCUUAACGAAGCAGAAGAACUCAAACGCUUCACUGGCAUUGAGUUCGCGGUUGUCCAUGCCCAACCACCCUCGUUAUUCAUCAUACACAAGAGGGAGCGUUUAUCUCCCGAAUAUGUCAGACCACUGGCCGCAUACUUCAUUAUGAACAAUCGUAUAUAUCAAUCUCCCGACGUUUACACGGUGCUCUCCAACCGUCUGCUCGCAACAGUAAAUGCAUUACAGUCUUCUCUGGACACGUUGCGAAAGCAUAGGCCGGAUUAUACCCCUCGGACAGGGUUCAUAUGGCCGAUCGUCGACCCAUCCGUGUCCGAGGACGCUAGCGGAAAACGUGGAGGGGAGGAAGAUCCACUAGCCCCGGAUGAGAACGCCAAUGAACUUGCCGCUGGUCAAGGCACUCCCUCUGCUUCUGUGAAACGGAGAGCUGCAAAUAAACUGCAGAACAACAUGCUCAUGUACAACGCCAUGCGCACCACAGCAGCACACACGGCCGCGCGCGAGCAGGCUCCUCCACCGAUUACUGAGAGUGCUAGUGUGCCGGAAACGCCCGUGACACGUUCGUCUGCCACACCUGCUCCUGUAGCGGAUCGAGAGCCCCAAGGGAGAACGCUAGCCAGCGUGCCUGCUCCCCAGGAGGUUGCUUCUGUGAAAGGUGUCCCGGGAGCUGGUAAGAAGAAGAAAAAACGUAUGUGGAAGUCCUAUAUUUUGGUCUUCGUGUGUCGACACUCAAUGGCCACGUCGUAUGAAGGGACCUCCCUGGCGGCUUCGGCCGCGACUUGA